AUGUCGUCCCAAGAGCAGAAGACAAAUGCUGCCGAGAAGUCUGAGAUCGAAAGCUGCGUGAGUGAGGCUUCUGGUGCCCUGGUGAACACAGAGACAAUUUCUGAUAUCAAAACCACGGGUCCAGAAAUAUCUCCGACACCAAGCAGUGAGGAUACUGGCACAUGGGACAGCAGUGUUUCCAGCCCUCAGGGUACUGGCAAAAACGCUGGCAAUGGUGACCAGGGUUACGACCAAGACGAUGAUGGUGGCACCAAUCUUCCUGACACAGAGGACUCAGACAAUUUUGUCAGAAGUGUGGAAGGUGAGGUUUUGGAACAACAAGGAGUUCAAAGCCUGCUCCCUCGCCACCACCAUGUGUCGGGAAUACAUGAGACUGUGGAAGAGCAGGGAGUGGAAAACCCUUUCUACCACCAACUGUUGGAAGAAGGUGACACUGUGGAUGACCAAGAAGAAAGGACUGAGGUACAGGAAGAGCCAGGUGAGGAGAGAAGUGAGCAAUGUGAAACUGAAGAACAUAGUUCACUAGAUGAAUGGAUGGCUUUAGAGACAUCCCCUCUCCCAAGACCUCGAUGGAAUGUCCUUAAUGCCCUUCGGGAUAGGCAGCUGGGUUCAAGUGCUCGCUUUGUGUAUGAGGCCUGUGGGGCAAGAGUAUUUGUGCAGCGUUUCUCCCUACAGUAUACUCUUGAAGGCCAUGCUGGAAGUUUGAACACUGUGCAUUUUAAUCAGCGUGGUACCCUGCUGGCUAGUGGCAGUGACGAUCUAAAAGUGAUCCUGUGGGACUGGCUUCGUCAGCAACAGGUACUGAACUUUAGCAGUGGACAUAAGAAUGAUGUCUUAUCAGCUAAAUUUCUUCCUAAUUGUGGUGAUACCCUCUUGGCUAUGUGUGGCCGUGAUGGGCAGGUACGGGUGGCACAGCUGUCUGCUAUGCCAGGAACCCGUAUGACCAAACGUUUGGUGAAGCAUGGGGGGCCAUCUCAUAGUUUGGCUUUGGAGCCAGACUCCCCUUUUAGGUUCUUAACUUCAGGUGAAGAUGCAGAUGUUUUCAGUAUUGACCUCAGACAAGCAAGUCCAGCUUCAAAGGUGGUGGUGACCAGAGAUGAUAACAAGAAAGUGGGACUAUAUACAGUCUUUGUGCAUCCUGCCAAUGUCUACCAGUUUGCUGUAGGUGGGAAAGAUCAGUUUGUGAGGAUUUAUGACCAAAGGAAAAUUGAUCCGAAUGUCAACAAUGGAAUUCUCAAAAAGUUCUGUCCUCAUCACCUUCUUAACUGUGAUUUCCCAACAUAUAUCACAUCUCUGAUGUACAGUUAUGAUGGCACAGAGCUCCUGGCUAGCUACAGUGAUGAAGAUAUUUAUAUCUUCAACUCUUCUGAAAGCGAUGGAGCCCAAUAUGCUAAGAGAUACAAAGGACACAGAAAUAACACCACAGUAAAAGGUGUAAAUUUCUAUGGCCCUAGAAGUGAAUUUGUGAUGAGUGGUAGUGAUUGUGGCCACAUCUUCAUCUGGGAAAAAUCAUCCUGCCAGAUUGUUCAGUUCGUGGAGGCAGAUGAAGGAGGAACAAUAAACUGUAUUGAUCCCCAUCCUUCCCUACCUGUGCUGGCAUCUAGUGGCCUAGACCACCAGGUCAAGAUCUGGGCACCCAUAGGUGAACCUUCUAUGAAUCUUACCGAGUUAAAAAGGGUGAUUAAAAAUAACAAGAUGAAACGAGAUAAUUUUAGUUUGGUGCGCACUUCCCUGUUUGACAACCACUUGCUUUGGUUCCUCAUGAGUCGUCUGACACAGGCAAAUUACCAACGAAAUUGGAGAGGUAUUAGAAUUGAAGUCGGAGGAGAAGAAUUCGGUGAUUCUUCCAGCAGCUCCAGUGAUGAAGAAAGCUGA